AUGGUAGACGAACUCAGCUUUGUCAUGCAGCAUAUCAGUUCCUGGGAACGGAUUGGUUAUCUGCCCUUCAUCCACGACCGUCUCCCACCCGACUAUAAAUCCCUCGUAAUCAACCCCGUCAAACCUCGCUCUCGUAGAUGGAUGCUAAAUGGCGUGGACAAUUACAAUUGGGCUCCGCUCGACGCUCAAUUCUACUGUGAAUCGCCUUUCAGCGCGCUAUACAUCGUUUACGUCAAGAAGAUAUUGGAAUUACACGAAGAAGGUUUCGAGGAUCGGUGGUUUGCGAUGUGUGAUAAGUGGGGGCCGGAUCCGUUUGAGUACGAGGUGUAUCGGUUUCCCGGGGAUGUCCCUAUCAAUGAGAGCGAGUUGCAGUUGAGGAAGAAGAGUCAAGGCAAGAAGCUCGGGGAAUCAUCGGAGCCUUGA